CUGUUCUGGUUGUUGAGAGAACCAUUAAUUUAUAAAACAAGAAUGGACAUUAGCAGCAGCGUCACCCCUGAACUAACGGGGGCGCUGCUGCGAACAAAGACCCUUUCUCUGCAGCAGUUGGUGGAUGCAGUGGGGCCGACGCUGAGCGACCCCCCGGCCCUGGGCUCCCUGCUGGGGAUGCAUUCCGACCGGGUGGCGAGCAGGCUCCUGGAGCUGUGGAGGCAGAGGCUGACCGGGUUGGAGAGGAGCCUCAACGACUACAGCCAGCAGAGAGCAGAGCCGGACCCUGCAGACCCCUUCCCAGACAUCUCCCUCAGCCCGGAGCUAGGGGGACUCACCGGCCCCCUGCUAAGAACGAGCCACCCAGAAACAUUUACAUCUCUGGAGACGACCCUGAAGUUCUGUAACUACUUCUUCACCUCCACCUUUGUGAUCGAGGCGUCUCUGAAGCUGGUGGCCUUCGGGUUCAGGCGCUUCUUCAAGGACAGGUGGAACCAGCUGGACCUGGCCAUCGUGCUGCUCUCCGUGAUGGGCAUCACGCUGGAGGAGAUCGAGAUCAACGCCUCGCUGCCAAUCAACCCCACCAUCAUCCGCAUCAUGAGGGUGCUGCGGAUAGCACGAGUGUUGAAGUUGUUGAAAAUGGCCACCGGGAUGAGAGCCCUGCUGGACACCGUGGUGCAGGCCCUGCCUCAGGUGGGGAACCUCGGGCUGCUCUUCAUGUUGCUCUUCUUCAUCUACGCCGCUCUGGGGGUGGAGCUGUUCGGAGAGCUGGUGUGUACCGCUGACUCCCCGUGUGAAGGGAUGAGCCGACACGCCACCUUCGAGAACUUCGGCAUGGCGUUCCUCACUCUGUUCCAGGUCUCCACCGGCGACAACUGGAACGGCAUCAUGAAGGACACCCUGAGGGACUGCCCUCGGGGUCACCCGGCCAGUGACCCCGGCUGCCACGCCGGGCUGCAGCUGGUCUCUCCGCUGUACUUCGUGUCCUUCGUGCUGACCGCUCAGUUCGUGCUGAUCAACGUGGUCGUGGCGGUGCUCAUGAAGCACCUGGACGACUCCAACAAGGAGGCGCAGGAGGACGCCGAGAUCCAGCUGGAGCUGGCUCAGGGCGGCCUCUGCUGCGCGGCGGGCGGCGGGGGGGUUGCCGUAACGGCGGCGGCGGCCGGGGGUCCGAGCGUGAUGGCACCGUUACGAGAUAUAGGAGGAGCGGGAGGCGGAGCUGCUCACAAUGGACACGCCCACCACCGGUGUCGCCUCUACUCUCCGGCUCAGGAGAGCCGGUGGCUGGACAGUGUGUCUCUGCUCAUCAAAGACUCUCUUGAAGGAGACAUGAUUGACAACCUCUCCGGGUCGGUGUUCCACCAUUACUGCUCCCCUCCCCCACUCUGCAGGGACUGCAAGGGCCACACACAGAUCCAGCUGGCCGAGGUGGAGCUGGCGUCUCUGAUGUCCGAGCCGCUGUCAGACAAGUCGUCGUCUCCGGCGCUGCCCGACGACCUCAGCCUGGACGAGCACGCCAGCUACCAGCUGCUGAGGAGCAGCGGUGACUCCCACAGUUCAGAGGAGGUGGGCGUCUCCCGGAGGCUCCGCCCCUCCAGCUCAGGGAGCGAGGAGGUUGUCCAGGACCCGGAGGACCCGGCUCUUUGCUCAGGAGGAAGCGGCUCCUGGUCCAGACCCCCCAGACCCCCCAGGCCCCCGGCCUCAUGGGCCUGCCUGCGCUCCCCCAGCAGGACCCCGACCCCCCAGCAGCCGUCCCCCAGUGGCUCCUCUCUGGCGUCGGGCAUCUCCGCGGGCAGCCUGCACCCCACUGUGGAGGACCUCCCCGCGCCCCUCCCCCCCUCUGGGGACCGGGACCACCUUUUACUUCAGAGACACGGCGCGUUCCCCCUCCGAGCCACCAGGGGGCGCCAGAGGAGCCGGAGCUCUGUGGGCCCCCCGGACUCGGGCCUCCGGACCCUCCACGGCGAACACUCCCCGGAGCCGGCGUGCAGCCGCUCGCUGACGUCGCUGCUCGCCCCGCGCUGCAGCGGUGACGUGUCCGACCUCUGGACGGAGGGGAGGGAGGAGGAGGAGGAGGAGGAGGAGGAGGAAGACAUAUCUGGCUGCAGGAAAGACAGAUGA